AUGGCCUUUCGAAUCGAGGACAUGAGCAUUAAGGAGGGCCAGGAUUUCAAGAUCCGUAUCAAGCCCGACGACGACUGUAGCAGAUUCUCCAUCAAUAUCGGACAUGACUCGGAAAACAUUGCACUACACUUCAACCCGCGCUUUGACGACAGUGUCAUUGUUUGCAACUCCAUGUCAGGAGGCUGCUGGGGUGAUGAGCACCGUGACGGAAACCUGUGCUUCAGCCGUGGCGAGGAGAGCAAGUUCUACAUUAACUUUAACUUCGAGGAGUUCUUUAUCAAGCUUCCUGACGGCUCCAUGAUGAGUUUCCCCAACCGACUGGGUGACGGCAAGUACAAAUACUUUGAGGUCAGAGGAGAUGCAAGGAUCAUCGGAAUGAAGCUCAAGUAG